AUGGUACCGUUUUUAUCUGAAGUUAGUAAUCCCAAAACCACCGCUCUUUUGAAAAAACCACCUAAAAAAUACGUAAAGAGCAGCAACUUGAUGAUAAUGCCAGUCAAGUUUACAUUUGUCAAUAAAAAAAGUGAUUAUAUUAAUCAUAUAGCCAACCUUAAACCUUUAGUAUCAUCAACCAAUCUUGAAUUGUUUUCAUCUUUAGAUUCUAGAAUUGCUAAUGAGAUUUAUGAAAUUGGUCCGAAAAUAUUACCGCAACCAUUUUCUCAAGAAUUUUUAAAUCUUGCUAAUCAUAAAUUUCUUCCUUUAUCGAUAUUAACGAAAAAACUUGAAUUUCAAUUAUCAAAAGGUCAAGUGACAAAUUAUAAUAUUAAACAAAGUCACCCUGCCAAAUGUCCCAAUCGUCCUAAUAGUCAAGGUGGAUUAGGUCUAUUUAGAGUAGUACCACUGAAAAAACGACCAACAACAAAAUUAAAUUAUUCACCUACUAACAAGAAUAAUAAACAUCCAGAUAACAACACGAAUAACGAUAAUAACAAUAAUAAACCUGAAUUAGAUGUGAAAAAUGAUAGAUAUUAUUCACGAUUAAAUAUUUAUGAAUUAUCGAAAAUUCUUGAUUUACAUCGAUAUUCAAUUGGAUUAACAAAAUUAAUUGAAUUAAAUGUACUUGAAAUGUUUGGAAAUUAUUGUGAUUUUCAAUUAGGUUAUCAAACUUGGAUAAGAGAUACUGAUAAAGAAAAAAGACGAGCUUUAAUUCAACAAUUAUAUUCUUAUACUUCAACUUUUUAUCCAGAAAUUGAUAGUUUUAAAUUGGAAGUGAUUAUUCGAAGAGGAAGUUAUAGUUUAAUGCAAACUAGAUUAAGAAGAGAACGUCGUUUGAAGAAAAAGAUCAAAUGA